UACUGAGGACUGCUGCAUCCCUGCUGGGUGGAGCUGCUGGAUCUGAGACACACUGGGACUCAGCAAGGGAGAGAAGGCUGCUUUCUUCUAGUUACCAGGGGUGAAAGGUGAAUUAAAAUACUUUUUGGCAAGUAAAAAUGGCUGCAACCAACUGACAAAUAAACCAGAGAAGCUUUGGAAUGCUGUUUGCUAUGCACCCAGAAAGAAGUAACAAAAAAUGAACAAGGGUUGCUCAUUGCUAUUUGGAAGAAGCCUCACAGUUGUUGAAAGCAGAAGACAACAGAUAAAGGCUGAGUGAUACUCCUGAAUGCUCCUAUCGAGAGAGAAAGAAGCAACACAUUACAAGGAACUAUUAGUUUGACCUUGUAUUUAGGCAUUAAGCAACUUACAUUCACUCCUUCAAAUGGACUGACUGGACUGUUACUUGUUUAAUAUAGUUUUGAACUGAAUGAAAGUGAUUUAAGGAACCACAAGACAAGAUACGAGUUACACUAACAGGAUGGCAGUGGCACACAAGGUGCUCACAUCAAUGCUGUUUCGCUUUUGGUUGAUUCUGGGGAGUGGAGUGCUGGCAGCCCAUAGCAGCCGACCAAGGUUACGGCUAUCUCACAGAGAGCUGUGGGAUUUAAACCGAACCUCGGUUUUUUAUGGCCCACGUGGUUUUUUGGACCUACGAACAAUGUUUCUGGAUGAGUAUCAAGAACGUUUGUUUGUGGGAGGUCGGGACCUUAUGUAUUCUCUGAACUUGGACCGAGUUAACGAAGAAUACAGAGAGAUACACUGGCCCAGCACACAUGCUCAAGUGGAAGAAUGUCGAAUGGAAGGCAAAGAUGUGGUUGAAUGUGCAAAUUUUAUCCGGGUCUUUCACCAAUAUAACAGAACUCAUCUUCUGGCUUGUGGGACUGGCGCUUUUGAUCCUGUAUGUGCCUACAUUAGGGUGGGCCAUUGGACAGAGGACAGGCUGUUUAAACUGGAGAUUAACAUGACUGAGAAUGGGAGAGGCAGAUGUCCAUUUGAGCCAAACAGCCCUUGUGUUUCCACCUUAAAACGGGGCGAGUUAUUUGUUGGGCUCUAUACAGAUUACUGGGGACAUGAUGCUGCUAUUUAUCGAAUGGACCACCUUUCCUACACAAGAACAGAAUGGAAUGAUGAACGGCAAUUAAAAGAACCCAAGUUUGUUGGCUCGUAUGUUAUCCCUGACAAUGAUGACCACAAGGAUGAUAAAGUGUAUUUCUUCUUCACUGAAAAAGCAAUUGAGGUGGAUGGUGGUGUGGUCUAUACCAGGGUUGGGAGAGUCUGUGCUACUGAUCUUGGAGGACAAAGAAUGCUGGUAAAUAAAUGGACCAGUUUACUCAAAACACGACUUAUUUGUUCUGUGCCUGGGCCUAAUGGAAUUGACACAUAUUUUGAUGAACUGGAGGAUGUGUUCCUACUCCAGACACAAGAUGAUAAAAACCCUGAGAUUUUUGCCCUAUUCAGCACUACAAGCAAUGUAUUUAAAGGAUACGCUGUGUGUGUGUAUCGUAUGGCUGAUAUUCGAGAUGCAUUCAAUGGGCCAUAUGCACACCAAGAAGGACCAGGAUACCAUUGGGUAGCAUAUGAGGGAAAAGUGCCAUUUCCAAGACCUGGAUCAUGUGCCAGUAAGAUGAAUGGAGGUCAGUACACUAGUUCCAAGGGUUACCCAGACGAUGUCCUUCGCUUUGUGCGUGCUCACCCUGUAAUGUACCAGUCUGUCUACCCUGUAAACAAGAGACCGGCUCUUCUAAAAACAGAUGGGAAAUACAAUCUCAAACAGAUUGCUGUGGACAGAGUUGAAGCAGACGAUGGACACUACAAUGUUCUUUUUGUAGGAACAGACAAUGGCGUUGUACUAAAAGUGAUCACAAUAUACAACAAGGAAACUGAAACUAUGGAAGAAGUAAUUCUGGAAGAACUGCACAUUUUCAAGGUAACUUUACCGAUAGUGGCAAUGGAAAUUUCUGUUAAAAGGCAACAACUGUACGUCGGUUCUGAAUCUGGAAUAGCUCAGGUAAAGCUCCAUCAGUGUGAUGUGUAUGGAACAGCAUGUGCUGAUUGCUGCCUGGCUAGGGAUCCAUACUGUGCCUGGGAUGGGGUGACAUGCUCCAGAUAUUACCCAGCUGGAACACUCACUAAAAGACGCUUCCGUAGACAAGAUGUCCGUCAUGGUAACGCAGUGCAGCAGUGUCGUGGACAGCAUAUACACGGGGUGGUUUCUGAAAUGACAGAUGAGAAGCUGGUUUAUGGUAUCGAACACAACAGUACACUACUUGAGUGCACGCCAAGGUCGCCACAGGCAAAUGUUCUCUGGUUUAUACAAAGGAAUUAUGACAACUGGAAGGAUGAAGUGAAAACAGAUGAAAGAAUUGUAAAAACAGACCAUGGCCUUUUAUUCCUGAAACUGCAUCGAAUGGAUGGUGGGACGUAUAUUUGUCAAACAGUGGAGCAUGGCUUCAUCCACACAGUUACUAAGAUCACCCUGGAGGUCCUGGAAGAGGAGAGAAUUGAGGACAUGUUUAAUAAAGACGACAAGGAAGAGCUACACCAUAAAGAACCUUGCCCUGUACCACCGGGGUUGUCUCAUGGGUCCAAUCGGCUUUGGUACAAGGAGUUCCUUCAGUUGAUAGGAUACAGCAACUUCCAAAGGGUGGAUGAAUACUGCGUCAGGGUCUGGUGCACAGACAAAAAACGGCAAAAGCUCAAAACACUACCAGCCAAAUGGAAAUACUCCCAAAUACAGGAGAGGCAAACCAAGACAAGAGGGGAACGCCACAGAAGUCCUAGAAAUGCCCAGGAUACUUGAUGAUUAUAGGAAUUUUACUGGACAUUUUACUAGUAAAAUGUGCUUAAGAACAUUGUGACCUUUAUAUAAUGUUGUGUUAUGCUUUGUGUAUUAAAGCAACAUUUUCUGUAAGUACUCUGAAACUGCACAAUGAUAUGUCUAACUGGAAUAUACUCAAGCUAUGAUACUAAUUGAGAGCUUAAUUGUACAAAGAUGUACUACUUACGGAACAAAAUGUUUCUGUUAAUCAUCUUACAGGUCAUUGAAUCCGGGUGUGUAAAUUCUUAAUUGAAAAGUGCAGGAAUGGUGACCAAAUACAGUAUUACUUAUUGUAAGCUACUAAGCAUUUUGUUGCCUUAA